CUUUUUAUUAGAGGAAUACACAGCACUCCUGUACUUGGCGUAGUUUUUUACACUUCCAUGAAGGCAAGUGUUCAGUAUGAAAUCUAAAAUGUUUGUAUGGCUGCAUUUGUAAGCUGCGUUCUAUAUGCUUCAAAAGUGGAGGUUAGUAAAGGCGGGAAAAUGGCACAAAGAACCAUAACAUCGUUUUUUACCAGAACUACUUCAAAGAAAGAGACCACAGAAUCAGCAGAUGACUCAAGCAUCUCUCCUGAGAAAAAGAGUGGGAGCAAUGCAGCAAAUGGCAAGAGAAAAAGAGACAGCAGUUCUACCAGCAAUAGCUCAAUGAGCCCAGGAUCUGGUAAAAAGGCAAACAGUUCGAACACUAUAAAGAAAUCCACAUCAUCUGAUUCUCCUUCUCCUAAAUCUGUUCCGAGGAGAAAAACUGCACCAGUGAAAAGUAAAGCAAAGAACCUAGUUCAUGGAAUAGCUGAGAAGCUGGGAAAUAAGAAGGAAAUUAAGGAUAAGGAUGAAAAGGAAAAUUCUGUUGAUUUAGUAGCUUCGAAAGAAGCUAAAGACAGUGCAAAUAAAGCAAAAUUAAAAGAGGAAAAGAGUCCAAUCAAGGAAUCAUCAAUAGAAAAAAAGAAUAAAAAACUUUCUACAGAGAAAAAAACAAAACCUACAAAAAAACGAGCUAGAAUUAUUCAGAGAGUAGAAUCGAGUGAUGAGGAAGAUCAUUUGCCUUUGCCAGAAAGUCCAAAACCUGAUGAAAAAGAAAUAAGUCCAGUACCCGAAGUAUGUGGAAGUCCAAAAUCUAAAGAGAAAGAAGAUACCCCAACGCCUAAUGAAGAUGGAAAAGGUAGUCCAAAACGUGUAGAAAGUCCUGAUAGCCAUGAUGAGAAAUCGGAGAUUGAAUCUGAUUCCAAGGAUGGAGAGCCAAGUCCUAAGAAAGCUAAAGACGAAAAGAAAGCGUUAAAGCCUGUACAUAAUUUCUUUGUACCCAAGCAAACCGAAACAACAGGAGAUAAAAAAAAUGCGAAGACCUCUUCAUUUUAUCCAGAUAAGGCAAACUAUCAUCCAAUUGAUGAUGCUAUUUGGAAACAAGAUGAGAAAGUGCCAUACGCGGCUCUAACGAGAACAUUAGAAAUAAUCGAAGAUACAAGUGCAAGGUUAAAGAUAAUCGAAAUUUUGUCCAAUUACUUGCGUUCCGUAAUUGUUCUCAGUCCAAACGAUCUCCUCCCAAGUAUUUAUCUAUGUCUAAAUAACCUUGCUCCUGCUUAUGAAGGAAUUGAGCUGGGUAUAGCAGAUACUACCUUGAUAAAGGCCAUAGCCCAGUGUACUGGGAGAAGCGUAGCACAAAUAAAGGCAGAAGCCCAGGAAGUUGGCGAUUUGGGAAUAGUCGCAGAAGGAGCACGAUCUAAUCAAAGAAUGAUGUUUCAACCUGCACCCUUAACAGUGCCAACUGUUUUUAUAAAAUUGAAGGAAAUUGCACAAAUGGCGGGUCAAGCGUCUAUGGCUAAGAAAGUUGAUAAAAUCCAGUCAAUGUUCGUGGCCUGUCGACAUUCGGAAGCAAGAUAUCUCAUAAGAUCCCUCGCUGGAAAACUAAGAAUUGGGCUUGCUGAGCAAUCCGUUCUACAAGCACUUGCACUGGCGUGUGCAAUGACGCCACCAGAACAAGAGAGACCGUUUAAAAUACUUAAUGCCAGUAAAAAAAUUUCUAGUGAUUCCUUUAAGCAGAAAUACGAGGAAGUAGCUCUGACGCUCAAGACUACAUAUUGUGAAUGUCCAAAUUACGAUAUGAUCAUUCCAGUCCUGUUGAAGGAUGGUGUGAAGGCACUACCCGAUAAAUGUAAAUUAACUCCAGGCAUUCCUUUGAAACCAAUGUUGGCACACCCCACAAAAGGUGUUCAAGAAGUUUUGACAAGAUUCGAAGGUUUGAAAUUCACUUGUGAAUGGAAAUAUGACGGCGAACGAGCACAGAUUCAUAUCACAGAAACUGAUGAAGUCAGUAUUUACAGUAGAAAUCAAGAAAAUAACACAUCCAAGUACCCAGAUAUUAUCGCACGUAUCAAAAAUGCUCGUAGUGAAAAUGUAAAAAGUUGUAUCUUGGAUUGUGAAGCUGUUGCAUGGGAUAACGAAAAGAAACAAAUUUUACCGUUCCAAAUUCUUAGCACAAGGAAGCGCAAGGAUGCGAAUAAAGCAGACAUUAAGGUACAGGUUUGUGUAUUCAUGUUUGAUCUGUUGUAUUUAAAUGGAGAGCCAUUGGUGAAAAAACCAUUCUCAAAACGUCGAGAACUUCUGAAACAACAUUUCAAAGAAGUAGAGGGAGAAUGGCAAUUUGCAACGAGUCACGAUACAACAACAAUGGAGGAAGUACAAGACUUCCUUGAAGAAUCUGUAAAAGGAAAUUGCGAGGGUCUAAUGGUUAAGACUCUUGAUGAGGAUGCGACGUAUGAAAUAGCCAAGAGAUCGCGCAAUUGGCUGAAACUGAAGAAAGAUUAUCUAGAAGGUGUUGGCGACACCCUAGACCUUGUUGUAAUUGGUGGUUACAUAGGAAAAGGGAAAAGAACAGGAACCUAUGGAGGAUUUUUAUUGGCUUGUUAUGAUCCACAAACUGAGGAAUACCAGAGUAUUUGUAAAAUUGGCACGGGGUUCAGUGAGGACGAUCUUCAGAAGCAUGCUGAGCUCCUUAAGGAUCAUGUUAUUCCUCAGGCGAAGUCGUAUUAUCGUUAUGAUACUAAUCUUCAGCCAGAUCAUUGGUUUGAACCUUCUCAAGUUUGGGAAAUCAAAUGUGCUGAUCUAUCAUUAUCUCCUGUGCACAAUGCUGCAAUUGGAAUCGUGGAUCCAGAGAAAGGAAUAUCCUUAAGAUUUCCAAGAUUCGUAAGGGUGCGCGACGAUAAGACCUGCGAGGACUCAACAUCCGCGCAACAAGUAGCUGACAUGUAUAACAGCCAAGAACAAAUAAAGAAUCAAUCGUCUACAACAAAGGCGACAGAGGAAGAUUUUUAUUAGGAACUGUUAAUUUAUCUUCCAUUACUGAUACUCAUGGAGAUUCAUAUAAAAUUACAUUUUAACGAUUAGUAAUAAAAGUUUCAAAUGAAAGUGGCAUUAUUAUAUGCA